AUGUCUACUAAGAAGCUUUCGGGGUUGAGGGACAACUUCAGCCUGCUCGGCGAGAAGAAUAAGAUCCUGGUGGCCAACCGAGGGGAGAUUCCGAUCAGAAUCUUCAGAUCUGCGCAUGAAUUGUCGAUGAGGACGGUUGCGAUCUACUCGCACGAGGAUCGGUUGUCGAUGCACAAGCUGAAGUCAGACGAAGCGUACGUGAUCGGAAACGAGGGAGAGUUCACGCCAGUGGGCGCGUACCUGGCGAUCGACGAGAUCAUCGAAAUUGCCAAGAAACACAAGGUGGAUUUCAUUCACCCGGGCUACGGGUUCCUGUCGGAGAACGCGGAAUUUGCCUUGAAAGUGGCAGCCAGCGGCAUCACUUGGAUCGGACCGCCAGCGGAGGUCAUCGAUUCAGUUGGUGACAAGGUCAGCGCAAGAAACCUGGCGGAUAAGGCGCAGGUGCCAACGGUUCCAGGUACUCCGGGGCCAAUCGAAACCGUCGAGGAAGCGGAGGCGUUUGUGCAAACAUACGGGUAUCCGGUGAUCAUAAAAGCUGCCUUCGGUGGUGGUGGUAGAGGUAUGAGAGUCGUGCGUGAAGGAGACGACGUGGCUGACGCUUUCCAACGUGCGACUUCAGAGGCUCGUACUGCCUUCGGUAACGGAACUUGUUUCAUCGAGAGAUUUUUAGUUAAACCCAAACAUAUUGAGGUUCAACUCUUGGCUGAUAACUACGGUAAUGUUGUUCAUCUUUUCGAGAGAGACUGUUCGGUGCAAAGAAGACACCAGAAAGUUGUUGAAGUUGCACCUGCCAAGACUUUGCCAAUUGAGGUCCGCAAUGCGAUUUUGACGGAUGCUGUUAAGCUCGCUAAGGUCGCUGGAUACAGAAAUGCGGGUACCGCGGAAUUCUUGGUCGACAGCCAGAACAGACAUUAUUUCAUCGAGAUUAACCCAAGAAUUCAAGUCGAACACACCAUUACUGAGGAAAUUACUGGUAUUGACAUCGUUGCUGCCCAAAUUCAAAUCGCUGCUGGUGCAUCUUUGGAGCAAUUGGGUCUGCUACAGGAUAGAAUAACUACACGUGGUUUUGCCAUCCAAUGUCGUAUUACAACCGAGGAUCCAUCCAAGAAUUUCCAACCCGAUACUGGUAGAUUAGAAGUCUACAGGUCAUCUGGUGGUAACGGUGUUAGACUGGACGGUGGUAAUGCAUUUGCCGGUGCUGUUAUCUCUCCCCAUUAUGACUCCAUGUUAGUGAAGUGUUCUUGUUCCGGGUCAACCUACGAGAUUGUGCGCCGUAAGAUGUUGAGAUCUUUGGUUGAAUUCAGAAUCAGAGGUGUCAAAACAAAUAUUCCAUUCUUAUUGACUUUAUUGACAAAUCCGGUAUUUGUUUCUGGUAAUUAUUGGACCACUUUCAUCGAUGAUACUCCUCAAUUGUUCCAAAUGAUUUCAUCCCAAAAUAGAGCUCAAAAAUUAUUAUUGUAUUUGGCAGAUUUAGCUGUCAAUGGUUCAAGUAUCAAGGGACAAAUUGGUAUACCAAAAUUAAAGACUCAUCCAACAAUACCAAAUUUACAUAAUAAAAACACUGGUGAGAUUAUUAACGUUUUCACAACAACACCGCCAGAUGGCUGGAGACAAGUUUUAUUGAAUUAUGGUCCAGAAGAAUUUGCAAAGCAAGUUAGAGAUUUCAAUGGUACUUUAAUUAUGGAUACCACAUGGAGAGAUGCCCACCAAUCUUUACUAGCGACAAGAGUUAGAACUUAUGAUUUAGCUGCAAUUGCUCCUACAACUUCCCAUGCAUUAGCUGGUGCUUUUGCUCUUGAAUGUUGGGGUGGUGCCACUUUUGAUGUUGCUAUGAGAUUUUUACAUGAAGAUCCAUGGGAACGUUUAAGAAAAUUACGGAAAUUAGUACCAAAUAUCCCAUUCCAAAUGUUAUUGCGUGGUGCAAACGGUGUUGCUUAUUCCUCAUUACCUGAUAAUGCAAUUGAUCACUUUGUUAAACAAGCAAAAGAAAAUGGUGUUGAUAUCUUCAGAGUAUUUGAUGCAUUAAAUGACUUAGAACAAUUAAAGGUAGGUGUUGAUGCUGUUAAAAAGGCAAAUGGUGUUGUUGAAGCAACCAUGUGUUAUUCUGGUGAUAUGUUGCAACCAGGUAAAAAAUAUAAUUUGGAUUAUUACUUGGAUGUUGCCGAAAAAAUUGUUGAAAUGGGCACUCAUAUCUUAGGUAUCAAAGAUAUGGCAGGCACAAUGAAACCAUCAGCGGCAAGAUUAUUAAUUGGUUCUAUUAGAGCAAAAUACCCAAAUUUACCAAUUCACGUUCAUACUCAUGAUUCGGCUGGUACUGGUGUUGCAUCGAUGACUGCUGCUGCUUUAGCUGGUGCAGAUGUUGUCGAUGUAGCAACAAAUUCGAUGUCUGGUAUGACAUCGCAACCAUCCAUGAAUGCAUUAUUAGCUUCCUUAGAUGGUGAAAUUGAUACUAACAUCAACAUUGAACAUACAAGAGAACUUGAUGCUUACUGGGCAGAAAUGAGACUAUUAUAUUCUUGCUUUGAAGCGGACAUCAAAGGUCCAGAUCCAGAAGUUUAUGAACAUGAAAUUCCUGGUGGUCAAUUAACAAAUCUGUUAUUCCAAGCACAGCAAUUGGGCCUCGGUGAAAAAUGGGCAGAAACUAAAAAAGCUUACAGAGAUGCUAAUUAUUUAUUAGGUGAUCUAGUUAAAGUUACUCCGACCUCAAAAGUUGUUGGUGAUUUAGCUCAAUUUAUGGUUUCUAAUAAAUUGACACCUGAUGAUGUUCGAAGAUUAGCGAAUUCAUUAGAUUUACCAGAUUCUGUUAUGGAUUUCUUCGAAGGUUUAAUUGGUCAACCAUAUGGUGGGUUCCCAGAACCUUUGAGAUCCGAUGUCUUGAAAAAUAAAAGAAGAAAGCUUACUUGUCGCCCGGGCUUAGAAUUAGCUCCAUUUGAUUUAGAAAAAAUUAGGGAGGAUCUACAAGACAGAUUUGGUGAUAUUGAAGAAUGUGAUGUUGCUUCUUAUAACAUGUAUCCAAAGGUGUAUGAAGACUUCCAAAAAAUUAGAGAAACCUAUGGUGAUUUAUCAGUUCUACCAACCAAAAAUUUCUUAUCGCCACCACAAAUUGGUGAAGAAAUUGAAGUUACCAUUGAACAAGGUAAAACUUUAAUUAUAAAACAUCAAGCUAUUGGUGAUUUGAAUAAGGAAACCGGUGUUAGAGAGGUAUAUUUUGAACUGAAUGGUGAAUUAAGAAAAAUUCCAAUCGUUGAUAAGUCACAAAAGGUUGAAACAGUUUCUAAACCAAAGGCCGACGGUCAUGAUCCAUUCCAAAUUGGUGCACCAAUGGCAGGUGUUAUUGUUGAAGUUAAAGUUCACAAGGGUUCUUUAAUUAAGAAAGGUCAAGCAGUCGCGGUUUUAAGUGCAAUGAAGAUGGAAAUGGUGAUUUCUUCUCAAACUGAUGGUCAAGUUAAAGAAGUUUUCGUCAAUAAUGGUGAAAAUGUGGAAGCUUCAGAUCUUUUAGUCACGUUGGAAGAUGCUGUCAUUCCAACAGAGGAAAAAUAA